CUCACGCCGGGAAACGCUGCGGGAAAUCGCGCUGAGAGCGUGGUGUCGGCGUCGGAGCUCAGGCAGCCGAAUAGACAGAGGGGCCUUAAUGCUACCACACCCAAGAUGGCGGCUUGACCGGAAGUAGCUUCUGCCAGCACCCAAGAUGGCGACGAAGGGAGGCCGUCACAUGGUGCCGCACCAAAGAUGGCGAUUCGGCACGCGGCUUAUCUGACCUUCCAAAGGUGGCGGCGUCAUGCGCAUGCGUCUUGGGCAGGGACAAACACUGUUAGGGAGGAAGGACCCCGCUCCGUCUGUUCGGCUGCCUGAACGCCACCCUGACGCCGAUCCAGCGCUUUCAGCGCGAUUUUCCGCGGCGUUUCCCGGUGUGCGGACACGGGCUCUGGGGCCAGCGGCGCCGGGGGCGGGCGGGAGCCGCGCCAGCACCGGCAGGCAGCGGCGGGGACGCCUCUGUACCGGUCGCGCCGCGCCGCUCCCACGAGAAGCCCUCGGGGCACGCGCUGCCGCGCCGCGCUCUCGUCCCGCCGCUGCCGCCGCCCCGCGCUCCCCUGCGGCCCGGGGAAAUGUGGGAAAACACAAAAUCAUCGAGGAAGAGCACUCACCGGGGCUGCCUGAGCCAUCCCCCUGCCCGAAGGGCGGCAGCUGCCCAGAGGCGGGAGCAGCCCGCAAGGAUGCAGCUGCUCUUUCCCAGGAGCCCAGGACUAAGUUGACGUUCCCUGAGUGGCUGCAGUUCCCUGGAUGUGGAGAGAGGAGGUCUCUGCCAGAGUGGGGGAAAUGUCCCUGCUGGUUGCUGUGUCCGCAGUGGGCAGAGAACGCUGAUCUUGGCAAGAUGGGUUUGACAGGAAAAAUCACUGAACUCAUCUCAUCUUUGCCAAAAGCUUUGGUGUUUGAGCAGCCAAACCCAGCAAGGCCCCCCCCCCCCCCGGUCCUGCUCAUGGUGUGGAUGCUGGAAUUGCCUCUCUGGAUGUGCUGAGCUCUCGCUGUUGUGGACUGUGCGGCCUUGAUUGCUGCAGGUUCCUGUUCUUCUCACUGGGGAAUUGGAAAUAAUUGUUAGUUAGACUGCAGAGAUGUUUUCUGAAACCUUUCCCUUUUUUCUGCCUUUUAAUGGUAGAUCUUCUCUUUCUGCCUUUGAAUUUACAGUGAUUCUCUGAUACCAUUUCACCUGCCCAAAUUCCCUGCAGCUCCUGGGACAGAGAGAAGCUUCUUCUGUGGCUGAGGUUCAGCGGGAAAAUGAUACUGUGUGUUCAAUCUCCUUAAUAUAUUUAACUGCUCUUUAUAUCUUAGAGUGUAGACUUAGUUGACCCUUUUUCAACAGAAAGUGGCAGGCUGAAGUCACCUGAAUUACUGAACCAUACUUUAGAUAGUUGAGUUUUUUUAAAGAAAAAAAGUCCAGGCUUUUUGUCUAUGGGCCUUAUUGGUAUUGCUCCUUAGCUGAGCCACACCUUUAAAUAAUGAUGUGGGUGCCUUCUAGAAAGUGUUCAAUACAUUUUGCACUCUCUCAUGAGACCUUUGGGCCUAUGCUUUUCCAUUGCUGAGUUAAUUGCAGGUCCAAUGCAAUUGGACAAUGUCCCGUGCAUGUGUUGUUCAUUGAUCUGUUUGUGAUGUUUAUUUCAUCUGGAUGCAGAGUUGGGCUUUUUGGGCAGACGGUGCCCCUCAAACCACCAGGCUUGUUUAAACCUUGUACACUAUUUUGUGAAGAUCCAGGAUGGGUGAGAAUUUUGUCUUGUUGCCGUACUAGGGAAUGGAAUGCAGAAGCUUCCUGCAAUACUCACAUUGAAGUUGGAACAUUCAAAGGUAUCAGUAUUAUGGGUCUCAGGGAUGAAUCUGUCAGGAAAAUUAAUCCACGAUGUCAGAGGUUUAUGUCUGUAAAGGAGACAGAGGAGUUCUGUAACUUGAUUUGAAUAAAGGGAGAGGCCAUGGGUGUUUCCUGUGGGGUCUCUCAAAUUGCUAGA